UACAUAGCAAUAGCAUAGGCAUCUUGUGCUGCUGAGAAGUGAGCACACAAUGGCCUCUCGUUCGCUCAAUCCUCACACAAAAAUGAAAUGAAAAAUCUAACUGAUGAAUAGGCGACGUAAUAUUUAAUACAUCUCGAAGUGGCGCGUGAAGUUGCAACUCUAGUGUUUCUGUUAAUACAUGAACCGCGAUGCAGUCGCACCUUCUGACGGGACCCAUCCGCGGUAGCGCUACGGCGUUUCCCUCCGUCGCGGACGCAUCUCCCUUCUUCUCUGCCACUCCUCCCAUCUCCAUCCGCCGGCGUCUCCGCUCGUGCUGCCCAUUCAUAGCCGCAUCAUCGUCAUCGUCUUCCUCCUCUUCGUCGUCGGCAGCAGCAUUCAACGCCACUGGUAGUCAGAGCUUAUACGCGGUGCUCGGCGUCCCUAUCACCGCCACUGCCGCUGAGAUCAAACGCGCUUACCGGCUCCUCGCCCGCAAGUAUCACCCUGAUGUUAGCAAAGAUUUACAAGCAGCUGAAUUGUUCAAGAGCAUCCGUCAUGCAUAUGAAGUACUAUCGAAUGAAGUAACAAGAAUUCAGUAUGAUAGAGAACUUCAAUACAGUCACAAGCCUUACAGAGAAAAAUGGAGUCACAGCACUGAGUUUGAAGACCAAGCAAGAAUCUAUAGGUGGGCCAACCUGAGGAGGAAAAUGUAUAAUGAAAGAUACACAGAGCAUUACAAUGUCGAUGAGGGUUACUAUACCACUGAAACAGACGAGGAGGAAGAUGAAGGAGACUUAGACGAAGAGAGGGGCUCCUUUAUUGAAGUGCUUAGAUCAGCAUUCGUGAUUAUAUUUUUGUUCCAGACGUUAGGGUCCCGCCUUUCUCUCACGUUUAGCAGUGUGAUGGCAUUGCUGGAUGAGAAGUUAGAUAAUGGAUAUAAAAUUGGUUAUAUAAUAGCAUGGAUAAUGGGCGGAAGGGGUGGCAUAUUGCUAACAAUGUUCUUGUCAUUUGCAAGUUGGGUUUGCGGGAAAACCAGUAGUAGUGCAGUGGUACUGGUGAUUGUAGCCAUGUGGGUCGGCUCCUACCUCUCAAGGUACGCUCCACUUCCUCAAGGUGCUCUGUUAACGCUACUCUAUAUGUCCAUUAAGCUGCAAUCUGAUCAUAUAUAAUGAUUGAAGAACUUGUGGUAUUUGUACAUCCAAAUAUGGGGGGUGUCAAUCGACGUCUGACUCAAUCCAAGGGUGAAAAACAAGAGUUUAGGACUUUAGAUGGAGUAUAUAUCACAGUAAAAUCUGAUAAUGGAGUUGGUCUCGAUGUUGUGUGUUGAUGUUCAAGAAGAACGUCUCUUAAAACCAAUUCUGCUGCUAGCAUUUCUUCUGAAUUUCUUUGGUUUCUGAUUAUAUCUUUCUUAGGUUGGUGUACAUAUUUAUUCCAGUAAAUGUAAAUAAAUGUUGUAAGUUGUUUUCUGAUGGCAAAUUAAGUGCAAAAAGGUUGAUG